UACUUAUUAUGUGAUAUAACCAGGCGUAAAGCAUCUAGCACAUCCAGUGCUUUGUUGUAAAGACGAAGCUGCAGUUAUUGCUAUGUUGUACUGUUGAGUAUGGUGUUAGUUACUGGUAACGAGUGCCCUGCCUUCAGGCAUUGCGUAGGACAGCUGUGAGGCUCAGUGGGAGGACCUCAGCUUGCUUCCUGCUUGCAUUGAGCAUUGGUUUGUGUCGGGCUGUAUCAACUUCAGGCUCACGACCCACAGUGGAACAAUGUCUCCAGAAGUGACGUUAAACCGGAUAUCACCUGCCCUCUCCCCAUUUAUCUCUAGCGUCGUCAGAAAUGGAAAAGUAGGUUUGGACUCCACAAACUGCUUGAGGAUUACAGACCUUAAGUCAGGAUGUACAUCCCUCACGCCAGGGCCAAGCUGUGAUCGCUUUAAACUCCACAUUCCAUAUGCUGGGGAAACACUAAAGUGGGAUAUUAUAUUCAAUGCUAGCUACCCCGAGCUGCCCCCUGACUUCAUAUUUGGGGAAGAUGCAGAAUUUCUACCCGAUCCGUCUGCUCUGCAUAACCUGUCAGAAUGGAACCCGUCAGACCCCGAGUGCCUGCUUUUGGUAGUGAAGGAACUGGUUCAGCAGUACCACCAGUACCAGUGCAGCCGGCUCAGUGAGAGCUCACGCCUCAUGUUUGAGUAUCAGACGCUGCAGGAGGAGCCGCAGUAUGGAUUAAAUAUGGAAAUCUAUGCGGGAAAAAAGAACAACUGGACUGGGGAAUUCUCUGCUCGCUUCCUGCUCAAGAUGCCAGUUGAUUUCAGCAAUAUUCCCAUCUAUCUUCUAAAGGACUCUAAUGAAGACCCAGGGGAGGAUGUUGCUCUUCUGUCAGUCAGUUUUGAGGACGCAGAAGCCACUCAGGUUUUCCCCAAGCUGUUCCUGUCUCCGCGAAUUGAGCAUGCCCUUGGUGGAUCCUCAGCGCUUCAUAUCCCUGUGUUUCCAAGUGGGAGCUGUCUUAUUGAUUAUGUCCCUCAGGUCUGCCAGUUGCUAACUAACAAGGUGCAGUAUGUGAUCCAAGGGUACCACAAGAGACGGGAAUAUAUUGCUGCUUUUCUCAGCCACUUUGGGACUGGCGUGGUAGAAUAUGAUGCUGAAGGCUUCACCAAGCUGACCCUGUUGCUGAGUUGGAAAGACUUCUGUUUCCUGGUGCACAUUGAUCUGCCGCUGUACUUUCCACGAGACCAGCCAACUCUAACAUUUCAGUCCGUGUAUCACUUCACCAACAGCGGGCAGCUCUAUUCCCAGGCCCAGAAGAACUAUCCAUACAGCCCCCGCUGGGAUGGGAACGAAAUGGCCAAGAGGGCAAAGGCCUAUUUCCGGAGCUUCGUACCUCAGUUCCAGGAAGCUGCUUUUGCCAAUGGAAAACUCUAAAGUGCAAGAUGCCAAUCUCACUGGAAUGUAAUAGACUGGCAGUGCCCUGUGAGUGAUGGAGGCAAUGGACUGUAUCAAGUGCCCUACCAGCCCUGUGUAUGGGAUUUAUAAGGAUGGCUGGAGAAACUAUUGUGCCAUGUGCUUCCAAAAUCCAAAUUAUUAUGAAUUUCUCACCCAAAAAAGCUAUUGGAAAAAAGCUUUGGCCAAUACUUUCAUCUAUAUCCCUGGCUACACACUGAGCCCUAGAGAGGGAACUUGGGGUUGUGCAGAUGUGUUUUCUUUUUUUUAUCUAAAUAAAUAGUCAUGAUGUU